CCAGCACCAGUCGCGACACUGUGUUUAACUGUCGCUUUGAAUUUUUCUUCAGUUGCACUUUAACCACCGAAGUAGUCGGACUUGCUUGUGUGGUGUUUAAAAUUGUGAUAAGAAAAGAAAUUUUUGAAUUUGAAGUAAUCCAACUUUUGAUAGUGAAUACAGCCAGAUUUACUAGAAGAGCAUCGAUAGUAUAAUUCUGUGGAAUUCUCAAAUAUCGUACUUUAAUCGAAAUUAUUAGUGUAGAGAAGCUGCUGCUUUCCGUUUUGCCGAUCAAGGGAAUACACAUUUAAUUGAAAUUAGAAAAAAUGGCUGAUCAACUAACAGAAGAACAAAUUGCUGAAUUCAAAGAAGCAUUUUCACUUUUCGAUAAAGAUGGAGAUGGCACAAUCACAACAAAGGAAUUGGGAACAGUAAUGCGAUCGUUAGGUCAGAAUCCAACAGAAGCUGAAUUACAGGAUAUGAUAAAUGAAGUAGACGCAGACGGUAAUGGAACAAUUGAUUUUCCUGAAUUCUUGACAAUGAUGGCACGCAAAAUGAAAGACACUGACAGCGAAGAAGAAAUUCGAGAGGCGUUCAGAGUGUUCGAUAAGGAUGGCAACGGUUUCAUUUCCGCUGCCGAACUCCGCCAUGUCAUGACAAACCUCGGUGAGAAGUUAACAGACGAAGAAGUCGAUGAAAUGAUUCGUGAGGCUGAUAUUGACGGUGAUGGCCAGGUCAAUUAUGAAGAAUUCGUGACCAUGAUGACAUCGAAGUGAGCGUCAUACUGUCAUCAUUUAAAGCCUUUAAAUUUGUUUAAGAUGUUUAGAAAAAAUACUAUAGCAAUGCGCCAUUCCAUCAUCGUUGCGCAAACACGUCGUUGCUGUGGUUGAAUGAAAAAAUAAAAAAAUAAAAUAAAAAUAAAUUAAAAGUAAACUUAAAUUUAAAUAAAGAGAAAAAAAAUGAAAAAAAAACUGAAGUAACUUAAAUUAAUUGUAACAACACAAUUUUAAAUAAGAUAAAAAAAAAAACAUAUAUAAAUUAAUCACUACCCCCUAGCCCCCGAUUUUCCCCCCUUAAUCUAUAUUUGUGUAAAUUUUUGUAAAAUAUUAAAGAAACAAAAACAAAAACAAAAAAAAUGAAUUAAAAGAAAUGAAACAAGAGAUAAAGAAAUGAAACAAAUUACUAUCAUCAAAAUAUGAUUGAGAAAACUUUGAUUCAGGUUUUGUUCCAGUUUUUCAUUUUCGUUUUUUUUUUUAAUUCAAAACUCAAGCAAUUGAUACGAAAAACCUCUAAUGUGCUUGUUUGCAUUUUACUGUCAUUUUUUUCUUUUUUUUUUUUAAUUGAACUUUAACGAAUGUGUAAUGCUGUCUCUGUUUUUGAGGAAUUUCCAUUUCAAAACAAACAAAAUAAAAUUUAUGUUUGAAAAAACAUAAAUUUUCAAAAUGAUAAAUCUAUAAAAAUGAUAAGAAAAACCUAAAAAAAAUUAAUUGCGGCGUCGUGUUUGAAAAAUAAAAAUCAUUUUUUGUACUUAAAAAAAUGUUAGCGUGACACAAACAAUUAUGUUGUGCACUCUCGUACCAGUCAACCGGUCUGAAGUCUUUUUCUUUAUUCUCUUAAAUUAAACACAAAAAAAAUAAAAAAAAUUAAACUUAAAAUAAACAAAGAAACAUCAAAAGUUUAAGUAAAAUAAAAAAUAAAAAAAAAAAUAAAAAAAAUUGUUGUAAAAUUAUUUUCAAUAAAGAAAUUUUCGAACGAAAUUCCAAAUAUGGUGUGGAUUUUAUCAGUGGAUCGAAUGUAAUUUUCUCGAAAAUGCAAUCAUCAAACACAAAAUUCCAUUUUCUUUUCUUCUGUUUUUUUUUGUUAUUUUAUUAAGUCUCCUCCUGACACAAAUACCCCACUCCUAUCUAUACCUACAAAUCCCAAAAUCGUCCUAGAUCAGUACCUAUGCAUGAUGCCCGUAUUCUUCAUUAUUUUUUUUUUCUUGAACAAAGAAAAUUUUUGCAUUGGUUUGGCGGGCAAAAUUUCCUAAGCGCAGCAUUUACAUUUUCAAAAUAAAACUUAAAAUUAAAUUUAAACAAAAAAAAACCUACAAGAAAAACGCAAAAACUAAAAUUAAGUGUACCUAGAAGAGAAAAAAAGCAAGUCAAAAAUUAUGUGUAACUUUUUCUUGAUUUCUUGUCGGUGUAUCAAUGAAAGAAUAAAAAAUAUUUAUAAAUUUUAAUGAAAAAAAAAACAAAAAAAAAUUAGUAACCAAAAAGAAAAGAAGAAAAACAGAAAAAUUGAAUAAUCGUAAAAUAAUUUUUUUUAUUGAUUAGGUAAACUGAGUGAAGCCAUUUAAAAAUGAACAUUUAAAAAUCGUUGUUGUUGUCACGAUCUUUUUUCUAUUAUAAUUCAACUUAAAACCAAAAAAACACCUUCCACCAUAUACCACUAUAAUUAUUCCUUGUCUACCUUAAAGAAAAAAAAAGCAAAGAGAAAAAUAACCAAAAAAAUAAUUCUUCGUUCUUUUACUUACGUAAUUUUCAAUUGAAUUAAUGAAGAAGAAAAAUUAAAAAAAAACUUUUUUCACACCAAUUUAACAACAAAAAAAAGAAAAAAAAAUUAAAAAACGAAAAUUUUACUUAUUAAAAUAAAAUCUGAAUGAAUUUCAAACAAAAAUAAAUAAAAAAAACAACAAAAAUAUAUUAAAUAAAAAAAGACAUAACAUGAAUAAAUGUUUCUUCAUUUUUAGGUCGA